AUGACAGAAGUGAAAGGAACUCCCAUCAUUAAAGGUUCACGAACAAUGCAAAUAACUGGCUUAUAUAAAGGAAGGGCAAUUAUUAUAAAAGACUCUUACAGUGUUAUAAAUAAGAAGCUUAAACUAUUUCCUGCUAUGUUUAACUUACAAACAGGACCGAAAGAAGUAUUUCCAUAUAACUACUACAGCAGUGUUUUGUUAGCAAAUGACAACAGAACUGGUGUCAUUUCUGAAGCAUGUAAGUUUAUCCGGGAUGCAGAUACAUUCAUGAAAAACAUAGAUUCCAUCAAAGGUUGCAGAAUAGAUGAAAACCACUUCGACUUAGAAAAGUAUAGUACAUUUUAUUCCAAACAAGAUGUAAGAAUUUUAAGAGAAGGUUUUGUUAAGUUCCGCAAUGACAUAUUGAAAGAAUUUGAUUUAAACGUUUAUGACUACGUUAGUAUUUGUUCAAUUGCUAACAAAUUAUUUGAGAACAGAGUGUACUUCCCGAAUGGAAAUUUAUAUGACCUCUCAAAUAAACCAAGAGAAUUUAUUUCGAGAUGCAUUCAAGGUGGAAGAUGUAUGUUGUCAGAUAACAUUAAACAAAAGAGUAAAGAGAAACUCAUUGCUGAUUUCGACGCUGUUUCAUUAUAUCCAUCCGCUAUAGCAAGACUUUAUACUUUAGAAGGUAUUCCAAAGGUUAUGAAGAAAGAAAUGUUAAGCACAGAGUAUCUCAUGAGACAUUUAUUCGAUGACGACCAAAAGGAACCCAUUGGUGA